GGGUUAGGGAGGAUGGAGAGGGAGGGGCGGUGCUGCCCCUUUAAGAGGAGGCGGCCGAGCCGGGACCUUUUCUCUUUCCCCGGAAGGAAAGCCUAGCCCCGGCUGGGCGCGCAAGCCAUGGGCCCCGGCCCCAGCCGCGCCGCCCGCGUCCUACGCCCGAUGCUCUGCGCGCUCGCCUUGAUGGUGGCCGCCAGCGACCGCGUCGCCUCCGCCUUCAACCUGGACACCCGAUUCCUGGUGGUGAAGGAGGCCGGGAACCCGGGCAGCCUCUUCGGCUACUCGGUCGCCCUCCAUCGGCAGACGGAGCGGCAGCAGCGCUACCUGCUCCUGGCUGGCGCCCCCCGGGACCUUGCUGUGCCUGAUGGCUAUACCAACCAGACCGGUGCUGUGUACCUGUGCCCACUCACCGCCCACAAGGACGACUGUGAACGGAUGGACAUUGCGGAGAAAAGUGACCCUGACCGUCACAUUAUUGAGGACAUGUGGCUCGGGGUGACUGUGGCCAGCCAGGGCCCUGCGGGCAGAGUCCUGGUCUGUGCCCACCGCUACACCCAGGUGUUGUGGUCGGGGUCGGAGGACCAGCGGCGCAUGGUGGGCAAGUGCUACGUGAGGGGCAACGACCUGGAGCUGGACCCCAGUGAUGACUGGCAGACCUACCACAACGAGAUGUGCAACAGCAACACCGACUACCUGGAGACCGGCAUGUGCCAGCUGGGCGCCAGCGGCGGCUUCACCCGAAACACUGUGUACUUUGGCGCUCCUGGUGCUUACAACUGGAAAGGAAACAGCUACAUGAUUCAGAGGAAGGACUGGGAUUUAUCCGAAUACAGUUACAAGGACCCGGAGGACAAAGGCAACCACUACAUUGGCUACACGAUGCAGGUGGGCAGUGCCAUCCUGCACCCUACGAACACCACCAUUGUGACGGGUGCCCCUCGGCACCAACAUGUGGGCGCUGUCUUUUUGCUGAGCCAGGAGGCAGGUGGAGACCUGCGGAGGAGGCAGGUGCUGGAGGGCAGGCAGGUGGGCGCCUAUUUUGGCAGCGCCAUUGCCCUGGCAGACCUGAACAAUGAUGGGUGGCAGGACCUCCUGGUGGGUGCCCCCUAUUACUUUGAGCGGAAAGAGGAGGUAGGGGGUGCCAUUUAUGUCUUCAUGAACCAGGCAGGCACCUCCUUCCCGGCCCACCCCUCCCUCCUUCUUCACGGCCCCAGUCGCUCUGCCUUUGGCUUCUCCGUGGCAAGCAUCGGUGACAUCAACCAGGAUGGAUUCCAGGACGUUGCUGUGGGAGCCCCUUUCGAGGGCUUGGGCAAAGUGUACCUCUACCACGGCAGCUCCAGGGGGCUCCUCAGACAGCCCCAGCAGGUAAUACACGGAGAGAAGCUGGGACUGCCUGGCUUGGCCACCUUCGGCUACUCCCUGAGCGGGCAGAUGGAUGUGGAUGAGAACCUCUACCCAGACCUGCUGGUGGGGAGCCUGUCGGACCACAUCGUGCUGCUGCGGGCCCGGCCUGUCAUCAACAUCCUCCACAGGACCUUGGUGGCCAGGCCCUCUGUCCUGGACCCCGCACUCUGCACAGCCACCUCCUGUGUGCAGGUAGAGCUGUGCUUUGCUUACAACCAGAGUGCCGGGGACCCCAAGUACAGGCGGAACAUCACCCUGGCCUACACUCUGGAGGCCGACCGGGACCGCCGCCCACCCCGGCUCCGCUUUGCACGCAGUGGGUCAGCUACCUUCCAUGGCUUCUUCUCCAUGCCCGAGAUGCGCUGCCAGACGCUGGAGCUGCUCCUGAUGGACAACGUCCGUGACAAACUCCGACCCAUCAUCAUCUCCAUGAACUACUCUUUACCUUUGCGGAUGCCUGAGCGCCCCCGACUGGGGCUUCGGUCCCUGGACGCCUACCCGGUCCUCAACCAGGCGCAGGCUCUGGAGAACCACACGGAGGUCCAGUUCCAGAAGGAGUGCGGGCCGGACAACAAGUGCGACAGCAACUUGCAGAUGCAGGCGGCCUUCGUGUCUGAGCUGGGGCAGCGGCUGAGCAGGCUCCAGUACAAUAGAGACUUCCGAAAACUGCUGCUGAGCAUCAACUUGACCAACACCCCAAGCCGGGAGCGGGCUGGGGAAGACGCCCACGAGGCGCUGCUCACCCUGGCGAUGCCUCCCGCCCUGCUGCUGUCCGCAGUGCGCCCCCCUGGAGCUUGCCAAGCCAACGAGACCGAGACCAUGACCAUCGUUUGCGAGCUGGGGAACCCCUUCAAACGGAACCAGAGGAUGGAGCUGCUCAUUGCCUUCGAGGUCAUUGGGGUGACCCUGCACACAAGGGAACUCCAGGCACAGCUGCAGCUCUCCACGUCAAGUCACCAGGAUGACCUGUGGCCCAUGACCCUGACUCUGCUGGUGGACUACACACUCCAGGCCUCACUCAGCAUGGUGAGUCACCGGCUACAAAGCUUCUUUGGGGGGACAGUGAUGGGUGAGUCUGGCAUGAAAACUGUGGAGGAUGUGGGAAGCCCUCUCAAGUAUGAGUUCCAGGUGGGCCCAGUGGGGGAAGGGCUGGCAGCCCUUGGUACCCUGGUCCUGGGGCUGGAGUGGCCCUAUGAAGUCAGCAAUGGCAAGUGGCUGCUAUACCCCACGGAGAUCACAGUCCACGGCAAUGGGUCCUGGCACUGCCUGCCACCUGGAGACCUUGUCAACCCUCUCAACCUCACUCUCUCUGUUCCUGGGGACAGGCCGCCAUCUCCACAACGCAGGCGGCGACAACUGGACCCUGGGGGAGGCCAGGGCCCCCUGCCUGUCACUCUGGCUGCUGCCAAAAAAGCCAAGUCUGAGAUCCAGCUGAGCUGUGGCGGUGACCACACCCGCUGUGUGUGGCUGGAGUGCCAGAUUCCUGAUGCCCCCGUCAUCACCAACGUGACAGUGCAGGCUCGAGUGUGGAACAGCACCUUCAUCGAGGAUUACAAAGACUUUGACCGAGUCAGGGUAGCCAGCUGGGCCACCCUGUUCCUCCGAACUGGGGUCCCCACCAUCAACAUGGAGAACAAGACGGUGCGGUUCUCCGUGGACAUUGACUCUGAGCUGGUGGAGGAGCUGCCAGCCGAGAUCGAGCUGUGGCUGGUGCUUGUGGCCGUGAGCGCCGGGCUGCUGCUGCUGGGGCUGAUCAUCCUCUUGCUGUGGAAGUGCGGCUUCUUCAAGCGAGCCCGCACUCGGGCCCUGUAUGAAGCUAAAAGGCAGAAGGCGGAGAUGAAGAGCCAGCCGUCAGAGACAGAGAGGCUGACAGACGACUACUGAGGGGGGCAGCCCCCAACCCCGGUCCACCUGGUGUGACUUCUUUAAGCGGACCCGCUAUUACCGGAUCAUGCCCAAGUACCACGGGGUGCGGAUCCGGGAGGAGGAGCGCUACCCACCUCCA